AUGGACUCUUCAAGUUCACGAUUGGAUACCGAGGGUCAAUUUGACGGUGCUUUAACCCAUCAAGAUGACCAUCAAAAUGUUGAAGAACCGAAGGAUUUAACGACGUUUAUUUCAGAUGAAGAGUUGAGUGAUAAGGAUGAUGAGAAAGUUGAAGAACCAAAGGAUUUAAUGACUUUUAGUUCAGAUGAAGAGUUGAGUGAUAAGGAAGAAAAUGUGGUCCUACCCGUGGUGUUAAAGGAUGAUGAGAAAAUUGAAGAACCGAAGUCAUCAAUGACUUUUAGUUCAUUAGAAGAAGUUUGCUCUUAUUAUAGGAGGUAUGCUAAGCAAGUUGGGUUUGGUAUAGCGCAUAGAACCUCGAGAAAAACGAAGGGUAUAAAAAGUUACGUAAUGCUUAUAUGUACUCGUGGAGGUGACGAGCGAGCUACAAGUGAUGUUGCGAAGCCAAUUCCAACAACUAAUAGAACAGGGUGUGGUGCCAGGAUUUGUGCGAGAUUAUGUGGUGAUGGAACGUGGUUUUUGAGUAAAGUUGAGCUGACACAUAAUCAUUCGUUAAGCCCGGGUAAAGCGAGAUUUUUUAGAAGCAAUAAGAUAAUUAAUGAUGCUGCAAAAAGAAGACUUGAGCUAAAUGAUAGAGCAGGAAUACGUCUGAGUAAGAAUUUCAAUUCUUUAGUUGUUGAAAGUGGGGGGUUUGAGAGUCUUUCUUUUGGAGAGAGGGAUUGUCGGAAUUAUAUUAACAAGGCAAAAGAACUUCGUCUUGGUAAAGGGGGUGCCCAAGCACUUUGUGAUUACUUCAGAAGAAUGCAAAAGCAAAAUAGUGGCUUCUACUUUAUGAUAGAUAUGGAUGAUGAUUGUAGGCUACGAAAUGUUUUUUGGGCGGAUGCACGGAGUAGGGCAGCGUAUGAUUUCUUUGGGGAUGUUAUUACGUUUGACACAACGUAUUUGACCAAUAGCUAUGACAUGCCAUUUGCUCCUUUUGUAGGAGUGAAUCAUCAUGGUCAAUCUAUACUUUUGGGGGCAGGACUAAUUUCAAGCGAGGAUACAGACACAUUUGUGUGGUUGUUUAAAUGUUGGUUGGAGUGCAUGAAUGGCCAAGCCCCUAAAGCAAUUAUAACAGACCAGGAUAGAGCUAUGAAAAAUGCAAUUGCUAUUGUUUUCCCUGAAAAAUAUGAGGAAAACUGGAAAGAUCUACUGGAGAAGUAUAAUCUUCAUGAUAAUGCAUGGUUGAAUGGGUUAUAUAGGGAGAAGACAUUUUGGGUGCCGGCAUACAUGAAAGAUACGUUUUGGGCGGGAAUGAACACUACACAGCGAAGUGAAAGUAUGAACGCAUUUUUUGAUGGUUACGUGCACUCCCGAACCACAUUGAAAGAAUUUGUUGAUGAAUAUGAUAAUGCUUUAAGGAGAAUGGUUGAGAGUGAGACACGUGCUGAUUUUGAUUCUUUCAAUCGCACAAUCUCGUGUAUAAGCGCCUUGCAGUUAGAGAAACUGUUUCAAGUUGUCUACACAAAUGCGAAGUUCAAAGAAGUACAUGAUCAGUUUGUGAAAAUGAUGUCCUGUAAUAACUCCCAUCUCAAAAGUGAAGGUGCAAUUUCCACGUUUGAAGUUAUUGAAUAUGUUGCCGUUGGAGACCACUUAAUAGAAAAAACAUUUCUUGUUUACUUCAAUGAAGAUGAAUUGGAAGUGAAGUCCACAUGUGCAUUGUUUGAAGUAAGAGGCAUCUUAUGUAGGCAUUCACUUUCCGUGUUACGGACGAAGAAAGUGACAACUUUGCCACAAAGAUAUAUUCUUGACAGAUGGAGGAAGGAUAUUAAGCGAGAGUACUCGAAGGUUAAGAGUAGUUAUGAUGCCAUUGGUGAUAAUCCACAUGCUCAAAUAUAUGACAAGGUGAGAAACAAUUUUGAGGAAUUACUGUCGCUCGCAUCAGAAAACACGGAGGAACGUUGCAUGGAACUAAUGAAAAAAAUUGAUCAAAUAAAGGAGUUGUGGCGUUGCGAAAAUCAAGCUUCUGGCAUUCCAGCUACUGUCACAUCUUCUAGUUGUCAAAAGGUGCUUAGUCCUCAUAAGGUUACUUGUAAAGGGAGGCCACGAACAAAGAGAAAGGUGGCUGUUAUAGAAACAGUGGUAAAGAAAUCCAAUGUAUCAAGCAAGCCACCUAAAACGAAGAAACGAAAAAAUCAAGCCUCGAAAUCAACGGAAAAUCAAGGCAACACUAGCCAAUCUCUGUUGCCUUCUGUACCUUCUACAACUCACGGUCAUAGUACUCAGGAUUCCGUCGCUUCGUCAUCGACAGUUGCUCACACCUUCAGUGGUCACCAUCAUUCUAUUCUUUCUCAGGUCUUGACUAUGGAUCCUCUCCCUUUGAGUCAAGAAGUAUUGGUUCAAUUGUUGUGGUUUUUACCAUAUUGUAUCAAUACCAACCCAACCGUAAUAAUUGCUUGGAUGACACACGUUUUUAAUUCCAUCAUCCCAACUGAUCCGGCAAUUGAAAUGCAUGUGCGGCCCAUCUUCAAUCAAGUUUAUGCUGCACUCAACCAUAUAAGUGUCCUGCCCACAAUUACUGAUGCUGUGCGGUCAACUAUACGUCUUCUGAUGAAUGGCUUACUUCCACCUUGA